CUCCAGGGACAUGGACAUUCAUCCUCUUCAUCUGGAGGACGUCCAUCUGGAUUCUCAUUUCAGUCUGCAGUGGAUGCUCCGGAAGAAACGCUGGACGUGGCUGAGGCGCACCUUCUGUACGCUGCAGUCAGUUCUUCUGUCGGGAAGAGUGGUGCGCAUGCUGCGACGCAGGCGAUUGUGUUGACGGACUUCCUUCUUGAAAUCUGCCGCCGGAUCAACCGUGCGAAGGGACAAGCCGAUGAAAUCAAACUCCAAGUCGGAGGAGGGGGAGGAUCGUCCUCGUCGAGCCUAAUUAAGAGUCCCGGUUGGGGGCAACAUCGAAAGACGACAACGUCCUCAGUAAUAGGAAAAGGUCAGACACAACAUCAAACGGGAGGAAGAUCUCCAACGAGAACUCUGCAUGAUGACCGACGUGCUUUUCGUGUGGUGAACGAUGUCGAUUGUGCGUGGUACGAUAAGAUCGUGCACAUCUCGUGUUCCGCGCGUGCAGUGUUGGCACUCGAGGAGAUACGAGGUGUGAAGGGCGUUUUCGCUGCGAAUGCUCUGAAGGCAACAUGCAACUUCCGUGUGACGAUGACGCAGCAAUUCGAAGCCGCAUUUAUUGCAUUCGAAAAAGGUGAGUCGGACAAGGCGAGCAAGACGCUAACAGCCAAAGUCCGCAAGAAGUGGGGAAAAGGCAUGAAAAUCGUAAAGACCGCAGCUGCAAAGAUAGCGGAGUCUACUGCUGAUCAUGAAGGUCAAGAAGUCGUAGCGGCAGCACAAACGAAUGCUUCUCAAGUAGAGAGUGCCGGACAGGAUGGAGCAGGCGAUGCACAACUAAUCGGGGAUCACACUCAAAGUUCUGCAGUCGCGGCAGGGGAUGCUACACUCGAAGAAGCGACUUAUUCCGGACCAGGGUUGCCUAGACCGGGCAAGACUGGUUCCGACAUACCCGCUUGGAGAAGUCGCGAGGGUGACGAAACGGAGGACACGAAAAAACAGAAAGCAAGAGCCUUACUUGCGACGGCGAUGGAGUCUAUUUCUGCCGUGAUGGCCAUGAAAAGAAAAAUGCAGCCCGAAGCGAAACCUAGUAUAUUAUUUAUUUAUCUUGUUCGUUCAACUAUCUAUAUUUCUCUUUCUAGUAUAGCUCUACCUAUUUGAAAUAGGUGCCGAUCUCAAGAGAAAAUCUUGUUGUAUUUGUUGUCACACUUUAGGUCAUGCCGAAGAUCCACUCCUGCCUGUCCUGUUGGGUGCAGAUGACGCCAGGGCCGCAGAUAUCGACGAAAAGGAUGUGCCUGAAGAGGCACCGGUGGACGAUGCCACUGCUGGAGCCGAGACCGCCAGCCUGUCGGAGUCGAAGAAGCUCGAGAAGCUAAGGCGAGAAUUGCUUCCCCUGGCAGAUGGAGAGCACGGCGACUGGCUGGCGGAAGUCAUGAUGAACAGUGGAGAAGAGCUUGUAGAUGCGGAAAUUUCCGUGCGGGACCGUAUCAGCAUGGUAGCGGAAAGGGCUGAAGCGGAGGAGGCCGAAGGACGGAAGCAGAAAAAGAAGAAGAAGAAAAACAAGAAGUCCUCGAGUGGUGAUAAAAGUGAAUCACCAGGAGGAGAGGAAAGUGUGAGUACGAAAAAUGCGGAAAUGGCAGGAGAAAAUGGCGUUCAAAGCGGCGAAGAGGAAAGCGAUCAAGAAGAAGACGGGGAUCUAGAGGAUGUAGAUUUCGACGAUAUCCUCGCAGCAGAGGGUCUUGCGUCCUUAUUUAACGAUAUUCGUGGCGCCAACGGCCACAGUGCUACGGAUUUCCCCGAUGAGCUUUUUUUAGACUUGGUUCGAAAAGCGAAUCUUGACGAAGACUCGGACAGCAGCGAUGAUGAGGGAAGUAAAGGCGAAAGUGCGAAAGCGGCACAGCUUGUCCGCGGUCAGCGUUCCCGAAAUGGCUCAGGAGACGACGAGCAAGAUCGGACUUGGGAGUUAAUUCUACCUUAUUUUGACCUUGCUGGCGUAGGCGAUCCCCGACAGAAUCUCGAUCGUUUAAAAGAGCAGCUAGAAAGGGAACAAGAAAUGAUUGCGACUACAUUGGAGCGCGCGCAUAAUCUGGGUGAGCAGGUCGAAGCCAUUGCGGAACCCUGGUUCCAGACGCCGUGGCGAUCCUCGAAUGAAAGCGUCACGGUUACAUCAGCUGCCUCACCGUCAUCGAACUCGUCGAGGCGAGUAGCACAGCAACGAAAGCGUGAUGAUUCGAACUUUUCUCCAACACGUCUACCGACAAAGUGCAGCGCUGCGAGCCCUUCUGCUGCGGCUCUGGCGAGCACCAUCUGUGGGAACACCCCACCAGUAGCGCAGCGCAGAAGCGUGCUCGGUCGUUGCCACGCAGUAGGAUACAAGGGAGCGAAGCAGCUAGCGCACGUGCAUCGGAAGCACGUGUCACGCAUAACUGAUCUCGUGCAGGUAGAAACGCAGAUACUGCCGAAAAUUUUCGAGAAGAGAGUGGCAACUACGCAAAAGGAGCUUACGUCCGCCGCACGUUCUUUUGCAAAAACUAUAGAGAAAUUUUGCCAAGUGAAAAGUGAAGUCGUCAAGUAUGACUAG